GUUGAUUCACUUCUAAAAUAGAUUAUUUAAAAUGUCGGGGGACAUGCGGUAUCCCGCUUUACUUGCUAUGGCAGAACAGUUUAGGCUAAAGAAUAACAUGAAGGAGAGUAUUCGUUGUCUGCACGCUGUAUUCUCAUUAAAUCCGUCCCCAGACAUAGAGGCUCGUACCCAUCUACAGCUUGGAAAUAUGCUGCGAUUAUACUCAAACAACUUAGAUUUAGCAAAACAUCACCUAGAGCAGAGUUGGUAUCAAGGUCAGAAUGUUCAACCUGAUCAGAUCAUGCUUGAAGCUGCUUCAGUCCUAGCUAAGAUGUAUGAGAAGGAAGGGAAUACAGGGAACUGUAAGCAGAUCCUUGAUCGUGCACUUCAACUCUCAUCAAACAAUCCACAUUGGAAUUCAAGACUUCUGUUUCAGGCUGCUCAGCUUCACAUUAGUUUAAAGGAUUAUCUACCUGCGUACACCUACCUGCAAGCAGGUAUUGAUUACUGUGGUAUGAACUCUAGGUACACCAGGUGUCUCUUUAUCCUCUCCAAAACCAUGCUCUUCCUCUCACACAAGAAGUUCAACGAGGCAAACCCUCUCCUCCAGAUGGUCAGUCCUGAGAUUGAAAACUGGGUUGCUUCCGCCACACAUCAGGAUCAAAGCUUGGUCCUGGCACAAAAGGAAUAUCUUCAAAUCUUCUACCUUGUCCUGCAGGUAUGCUACUACCUGAUGGUGGGUCAGGUGAAGUCCUCCAAGAUGAUCUUGAAACAGCUGCAGGGAUCUAUUCUCACUGUAACAUCUCCAGACUUUCACAAGGAAGCUAACUUCGCCAAGGAUGUCCCUGAAGAUCAGUUUAUGUGGUUAUCCCAUGAUCAGCUCUGCAUUCUCGUCUACCUUAUCACCGUCAUGCACAGCAUGCAGCAGGGAACCCAGGAGAACUCCCUCAUAUCUUUCUUCCACGUAAUGCUGGUCGAGCAUAUCAUCCAGUGCAGAAUUGUUCAAGGAAAGAAGGAGCAGGGUAUCCGGGAUAUAGGAGUGUUGUGUACACUCCUAGAGAAGAACCCUCUUCUCCUUCAGAACCAUAGAUCACAGCUUCAUACUCUUAUAGGUUUGUAUGCGAUGUCCCAAAACUGUUUGAACGAAGCUGAAACUCAGUUUAACGCAGCUCUCCGAACUACUCGGGAAACUGAACUAUGGACGUUUGCAAACCUUAAUCUGGCAAUUGUUUAUCUAAGAUCUAACCGGUUGCAAGAGUUUCAAGAAAUAUUGCCUCGUAUAAGUCCUGACAACCUACCUAGUUCCUCUCACUGCUUGAAGGCAGCUGCAUACUUCGUCCAUGGCAUGAACGCGUACUAUACGAACAAUGUUAGCGAGGCUAAGAGAUGUCUGAGGGAAACAUUGAAGAUGAGUACAGCAGAGGAUCUGAACCGUUUACUAGCAACUAGUCUAGCUUUACUAGGACAUGUUUUCCUAUCACAAGGUUAGUUUUCCUUACAUUAA